GUUUAUCCCAAUAAGUAGUUGAUUUUUUUCCUGAAAAGCCCAGAGAUUUCUCUAAUCAACCAAAAUUUUGUACAAGAAUUUAAACCUACCAUGAAAACAAUAAGAGAAGAAUCAAAUUUGAGAAAAACAGCGCGUCUAGUUUGUUUAUGCGGAAAGGAAGAGACAGAGUUAGGGAGACAGCAAGCACCUGGAUCGUGUCCGUAUUGUGGAGGUAAAGUGCAAAUGAUUGAUGUCGAAAGAAAAUGGAUGUUUUGUUUCGUUCCUCUCUGUUUCAACAUCAAGAGAAAGUACCUUUGUUCUUCUUGCGACCGUCGUCUCGUUUUGUAUCAUCAAAAAUAACUAUUGUAGCUUCGCUAUUUAUUUGAUUUCCUUUUGUUCUUAGAACUAAAGUUAAAUAAUUAGCGUUUCAAUCAAGGGGGCAUUUUGUCUGUGGCUUUCGUAUGUAUCUGUGUUAUGUAAACCGACAUUGAUG